AUCUAUAUAUUUAUUUUCUCAAUUCUUUUUUAUUUCAUUUGAUUUGAAGUUCGAUCUUUCUUUGUAGAUCUCAGAUUAAUAUUAUCAAUGGCGCUAAAUCUUCGUCAAAAACAAACAGAGUGCAUAGCUCGGAUGCUGAAUCUGAAUCAGCCUAUAAAUGCUAGUGGAACUGCAAACGAAGAAGUUUACAAGAUACUGAUUUACGACAAGUUCUGUCAAGACAUUUUAUCCCCUUUGGCCCAUGUUAAGGAUCUUCGUAAGCAUGGUGUAACCCUCUAUUAUCUUAUUGAUAAAAACCGCGAGCCUGUUGCUGAUGUUCCUGCUGUUUACUUUGUGAAACCGACUCAUCACAAUAUUAAAAGGAUUAUAUCCGAUGUAUCUAAUUCCCUCUAUGAUUAUUUCCACUUAAACUUCUCAUCAUCGAUACCCCGUCCUCUUCUUGAAGAUCUUGCAUCCGGGACCCUGAAUUCCGACUCUAUUCAACGGAUUAAUAAGGUGCAUGAUCAGUAUUUGGAGUUUGUAACCCUGGAGGAUAACCUGUUUACUUUAGCAGACAAGUCUUGUUAUGUGCAACUAAAUGAUCCUAAAGCAACAGACCGUGAGAUUGAAGAGAUAAUUGAAAAGAUAGUGAGCGGGUUAUUUUGUGUGUUGGCUACACUAGCCGUAGUUCCAAUCAUUAGGUGCCCACGUGGGGGCCCAGCUGAGAUGGUUGCAUCGUUGUUGGAUCAGCGGUUACGUGAUCACUUACUGGUUAAGAAUAACUUGUUUUCAGAAAGUGGUAACUUUACUAGUUCGUUUCAAAGGCCUGUUUUAUGUUUGUUUGAUAGGAAUCUCGAGUUAUCGGUUGCUAUUCAGCAUGACUUUAGAUAUCGACCACUUGUUCAUGAUGUACUUGGGUUGAGACUGAAUAGACUUAAUGUACAAGGAGAGAAAGGUGGGAUGAUAUCAUAUGAAUUGGACGGUUUAGAUCCUUUCUGGGUAGCUAAUGGGUCUUUGGAGUUCCCUGAAGUUGCUGUUGAGAUAGAGACACAGUUAAACAAAUAUAAAAAAGACGUAGAUGAAGUGAAUAGACGAACUGGUGGUAAUGAUGGAGCUGAAUUCGAUGGAACCGAUCUAAUUGGCAACACAAAGCAUUUGAUGAAUGCAGUCAACUCAUUACCUGAGUUGACUGAACGAAAAAAAGUGAUUGAUAAACACACAAACAUUGCAACUGUUUUGCUUGGUGAAAUUAAGAAUCGGUCUCUUGAUUCAUUUGCUAAAAAAGAAUAUGAAAUGAUGAUAAGAGGUGGGAUUGAUCGUGGUGAACUUCUUGCUGUUCUAAAAGGAAAGGGUACUAAAAUGGAUAAGCUUCGGUUUGCUAUCAUGUUCUUGAUUUCGAACGAAACCAUUCCACAGUUAGAAGUUGAAACAGUUGAAAGUGCCUUAAGAGAAGCUGAGGUGGACCCAAGUGCGUUUCAGUAUGUUAAAAAGAUAAAAUCAUUAUUGAAUGUAUCGUUAGCAUCAGCAAAUUCGGCUAGCAGAAGCAACAUUGUUGAUUGGGCCGAAAAACUUUAUGGUCAAUCUAUCAGUGCUGUAACUGCAGGUGUGAAGAAUUUGUUGUCCAGUGAUCAUCAGUUAGCAAUUUCAAGAACAGUUGAAGCUCUAAUGGAAGGAAAACCUAACCCCGAGAUUGAAUCUUACCUCAUGUUUGACCCGCGUGCUCCAAAGUCAAGCUCUGGAGCAACUGGCAGUCAUAUGAAAGGGCCGUUUAAAGAAGCUAUUGUGUUUAUGAUUGGUGGUGGAAAUUAUGUGGAGUAUGGAAGCUUACAAGAGCUUGCACAACGUCUACAACCAGCUAAGCAUAUAAUAUAUGGAUCAACAGAAAUCCUUACAGGUGGUGAGUUCGUUGACCAGCUUGCUCUGCUGGGACAAAAGAUGGGUCUAGGUGGUACUCCUGCACCUGCCAACUGAGUUUCACCAAAAAGAUGGCAGGAUCUUUGGAUGAAGUCAUUCAUUCUUGUUACUUUUAUAAGUAGCCGAUGUAGAUUUUCUGCUAUAAUGUUUUUCAUUAGUCUGAAUGGUAUAAACUUGGGUUAUAGGUAUAUCGUUAAAACUUUGAUAUGUUUGAUUUUGAUUGUUGAAUCCAGUUGAGUCAAGUUUGAGUA